AUGCAGAAGAUGGUAGUGAUGAUGGAUUGUUACGAUGAGAGAUCAAAAGGGAGAAUCAUCAGAACAGUUGCUAGCUGUCCAGGGAUUACAACGAUCACUAUGGACUCCAAAGAUGGGAAAUUAACGGUGAUUGGAGAGUUCGACAUCAGGAAGAUUCUUACCAAACUCGAAAGCAGAUGGAGAAAUGCUAAAAUGGCAACAUUUGGACCUUACGAUCCGAAAAAAGAAGCUGAAACCGCUGCCGCUGCGGAAAAGAAGAAGAAGGAAGAAAGUGAACGUAAGGAAGUCGAGGCUUACCGUGGAAAUCAGUCUCUUUGUGGUCCUCCUCCUAUGUAUCAUCACGUUAGUGUAUACGAUCAUGACAACAAUUCCCAUGGAUGUAUAAUCUCUUAA